AUCGUUUUCUGUACUAUAAAUGUCCUGCGCCGUGAAGAGAGGGCAUCAGUUGCUUAGCAGCAUCCCAAACGAACAGAUCGCAGCAGCAGCAUCCUCUCUCUCUCAGAGAACACAAAAUAAACGAAGAUUUAACGAGAACCGAGUACAGAGAACCCCUGGCAAGAUGGUGUUCAACUUGAUGAACCAGACAUGCAAAGUGUGCGGCGAACCGGCGGCUGGCUUCCAUUUUGGCGCCUUCACCUGCGAGGGCUGCAAGUCGUUCUUCGGCAGAUCGUACAACAACAUCAGCACCAUCAGCGAGUGCAAGAACGACGGCAAGUGCGUCAUUGACAAGAAGAACCGCACCACCUGCAAGGCCUGCCGCCUCCGCAAGUGCUACAACGUGGGCAUGUCCAAGGGCGGCUCGCGGUACGGCCGCCGCUCCAACUGGUUCAAGAUCCACUGCCUGCUGCAGGAGCACGAGCAGGCGGCCGCCGCGGCCGGCAAGGUCCAGUCCGCUGGCGGAGUCACCUCCUCGCCCGUGGGCUCUCCACACACCCCCGGGUUCGGGGACAUGGCCGCAGCCGCCGCCCAUCUGCACCACCAGCACCAGCAGCACCAGCAGCAGCAGCAGGCCCAGCAGCAGCAGCAGCAGCGCCACCCACACAUGCCCCUGCUCGGGUACCCCAGCUACCUGGGCGAGCCCUUCGGCGCCCGCCAUCCCGCCGAUGCCGCUGCCGCAGCAGCCCUGCCCUUCUUCAGCAUGAUGGCCACCCCCCAGUCGGCCUUCCAGCUGCCCCCCCAUCUGCUCUUCCCCGGCUACCACGCCAGUGCGGCGGCUGCAGCGGCCGCGGAUGCCGCCUACCGCCAGGAGAUGUACAAGCACCGCCAGAGCGUCGACUCGGCCGGAUCGGUGGAGUCGCACAGCCGCUAUACACCGCCCAGUGUGGCGGCAGUCCCCUCGCCCCCAGCCCCCGUUCGCCCCCAGACGCCCAUCGAUGUGUGCCUGCAGGAGGAGGAUGUCCAGUCCGUGCACAGCCACCAGAGCCACCACAGCCAGCACAGCCACCACAGCCACCAGAGCCAGCAGAGCCAUCAGAGCCACCACAGCCAGACGAUGCACCACCCAAUCGCCAUCCGGGCCACCCCCACCGCCCAGCUGUCGAGCAGCAGCCCCCUCAGCUUUGCCGCCAAAAUGCAGUCCCUGUCGCCCGUCUCCGUCUGCUCCAUCGGCGGAGAGACCGCAGUGCACCAUCAGCAUCAGCAUCAGCAGCAGGAGCAGCAGCAGGAGCAGCCCGCUGUCCCAGCAGCUGCUGCCCAGGACGGACCCAUGGACCUCAGCAUGAAGACGUCGCGCAGCUCCGUGCACAGCUUCAACGACAGCGACGCCUGCAGCCUGCAGGACGAGCAGGAGCAGGCGCCGCGCCGCAAGUUCUACCAGCUGGAGGCCGAGUGCAGCACCGCCAGCAGCAGCAGCAGCUCCAUCGCCACCAACACCUCCUCCUCCUCCUCGUCCGACCACGAGGCCGUCAAGCGGCAGAAGCUGGGCGGCGGCCAGGAGGCGGUGGUGUCGUCUCCCUUUGGGGCGGCCACAGCGGCGGCACGCAGCGGCUUUGCGGUGGCCCACAAUGCGGCCAGUGCGAUGCGGGGUAUCUUUGUGUGCGUCUAAGCGGAUCGUUGGAUCGUUGGAUCGGUAGAGCGCGGUGGGAGGAGCUCCAGUAACCCCCUCCCUGCCUCCCUCCCCCCACCCCAACCACUUGUUGUUGAUUUUUUAGUGUAUUUUUUUUUUUUUGUUAAAUGUUAAUUUCAUUUGCGGGCCUCACUCGCACACACGAGAGACAGAGAGAGACAGGGAUGGCGAUAGACUGGUUUGCUGGAAAGAGACAGCCAGAUAGUUGCAUCGCACUCUCUCUCUCACACACACACACACGUACACGUACACCUAUCGAGAGAUCAAAUCCAAAAAUUAUUUUUACAGAAAGAGCAAAAGUACCACCCCCCUCCCCCGUCCC